CAUCCCCCCACCUCAAAGACUCGGAAAUAGAAGGAAAUAAAUACUAAAUACUACUCGUACAGCUUCCAGUGUGCUGCAGCUAGGAAAGAAACGGCAAGUUUGCAUAGAGACUACCGUAUCCAUACCGAGAUCCUCCCAAUUCCACUGCCGUUUGACACAUUUCAAAGUGACGGAAUCUCUUCAGAGUAAAUCAGGACUUCCCCGAGCGGAUCUGUGUGUGGUCAGGGACGCGGCAAGAAAAGAAGUGGUGGUCGUGGUUUCCUCAGCAAACUGGGGCGGAAAAAACCAAAACGAGAGCUAGAGCCAGGUUUGGGGUUUUUCAUCCAACCCAACAACAUCGCACACUAUUUUUCUUUCUCCUCUCGUUCCCUCCCUCGCCCCCCCCCCCCGGCCCGCACUUCUGACAGCUCGCGAUCUCUACUCAACAUAGCCCUCGACAUCCGGAAAUCCGCAGCAAAGCACAGCCAGUGCAACACAAAUCUCCGACCGCUACGACAAAAAUAUAAUUUGUCCUCGCUGCACGCUUCCUCCUCGCCUUCUCCUCCUCCCUUCCAUAUUUUCUUUCAGUAACUCCGUUACCUUGCAAGCUGUUGCACGUACGCACCUUCGCAAACUUCUUGUCCACGUCGAGUCCGUUCCUUGUCGGAGCUCUGGUCCCUCGGUAUAGAUACAUUAAAGAUGCCUCUUUGCGGCUCAAACAAGACUACCCAGCGGAAGAUCGUGCUACUAGGCGAUGGUGCUUGCGGAAAGACAUCAUUGCUGAAUGUUUUCACAAGAGGAUAUUUCCCGCAGGUUUAUGAACCAACGGUGUUUGAAAAUUACGUACAUGAUAUUUAUGUAGACAAUACGCACAUUGAACUUUCGCUCUGGGAUACCGCCGGACAGGAAGAAUUUGAUAGGUUAAGAUCAUUGUCAUACAGUGAUACACACACUAUCAUGCUAUGUUUCAGUGUCGACUCCCGCGACUCCCUAGAGAACGUAGAGUCAAAGUGGGUGGGCGAGAUUGCUGACAACUGUCAAGGUGUCAAGCUCGUCUUGGUAGCACUGAAAUGCGACUUGAGAGAAGCAGGUGAUGGUGAUGGACCGGAAAAAACUGUUCCUGGUGGUUUCAUUCAGUAUCCCGAGGGGUUGGCUGUGGCUGAGAGAAUAAAGGCAUUGCGCUAUCUAGAAUGCUCUGCGAAGAUGAACAGAGGAGUCAACGAAGCGUUCACAGAAGCUGCCCGAGUAGCCCUGAGUGCGAACGCUAAGGGUAGUAAGGAGUCAGGGCACAGGGCGUGUGUCAUAAUGUGAUAAGCAUGGAGGUACCAUAGUAGUGGUAGUGAGGAUGGAUGUGUUGUAUGAAAAGAGAAGGGAGGAGUUGGGAUUAUGGGAUGGAAGAGAGGGGGGGGUGCUGUCAGAACCGGAGGGAGAAAAGAAGGAAAGAGUGUCAAACUUAGAGAGUUGGGAGGGGGCCGCUAUCCUAUCCUCAAGGCCUUUUUUCUUGUCUAUUGAGGAGAAAUCUGGUCGUAUUGGCAAUACGAGAAUUCGAUAUGAGUAAUGAUGGGGAUGUCUCGUUUACUCCCAUACCUUUUUUUUUUCUUUCUCCCUUCCAAAAAAGCCCCUCUUUUGCACCAAUCGCUCUUCUCCCUACUUCCCUACCCCUGUUUUUGUCUUUCUUCACAACUUGUGUCGACAGGAGUUUCCUCUUUUUUCCAAUGUUCUUUUUUUCUCUUAUGUCUUGCCACUAUAUUUUCAUAAUUUCCCACGGUGGACUCUUGGUUCUUUACUUUUUCCCUCUUUUGCCUUUUCUUUCUUUCUAUCUCUUUUUAGGAGCGAGCGAGGUUGCUGGUAUGCGCUUUUUUUUGUACAUUAUAGGUAUUAGUAUUUUUCCCACC